AGUCCCCAAGGCCGUGCCCAGCUCCUGAGUGACCCUUGGGGUCAGAAGAUGGACAGAAGGCAAAGACAGGAACCUGCCUGCAAGACAGAGACCCAGUGGGCUGUGGCGGUUGGGCAGGGCGGCGGUGGGAGGAGACCAGGGCAACCUUUGGCUGCAGGGACCUGCCCAUCCCCCACAGCCCUGCUGGCCGGCCGACAGAAGCGCUUCCUGCUUGGAAAUCUCCAGGCCCACGAUCAGCCCCCGUCCAGCAGGCAGGUGCCGCAGGCAGGUGCCGCAGCCCGGGGCCAGGAAGCCCAGACCCACACCAGCAGCUUAGGGCAGGAACUUCCCAGGCCGGGUGCCACCGUCACGGAGCCCUUCUGUGCUCCACCACACAGGGAUGUGCUCCGUGCCGGUGCCCCAGGCGCCCCUGCGCCAUGUGGCCGUGACCGGCGGCACCCAUGGCAAUGAGCUGUCCGGCGUCUACCUGGCCCGGCACUGGCUGCGGGACCCCAGGGAGUUGCGGAGACCCAGCUUCUCUGCCACGCCUGUGCUGGCUAACCCUGCGGCUGCGGCCGCCUGCCGCCGCUAUGUGGACCGUGACCUCAACCGCACCUUCACGGACACCUUACUCGUCUCCAGGGCCACUCCGAAUGAUCCACACGAACUGACGAGAGCUCGGGAGCUGGACCAGCUGCUGGGGCCCAAGGCCUCUGGCUCCGACCGGGCCUUUGACUUUGUCCUCGACCUGCACAACACCACCGCCAACAUGGGCACCUGCCUCCUGGUGGAUGGCGCCCACAACACCUUUGCCCUGCACCUGUCCCGCCACCUACAGCUGCAGUUCCCCGAGGUGCCCUGCCAGGUGCUCCUGACCCGGCCACCGCAGUCGGCGAGCGAGAGCUUCAGCCUGGACUCUGUGGCCAAGAACGGAAUGACUGUGGAGCUGGGCCCGCAGCCCCAGGGCGUGCUGCGCGCUGACGUCUUCUCCAGGAUGAGAGCCCUGGUGGCCUCCGCUCUGGACUUCAUGGAGCUCUUCAACCAGGGCGCGGCCUUCCCUGCCUUCGAGAUGGAAGUCUAUAGAAACCUGGGCGGCGAGGACUUCCCGCGCACCCAGGACGGGGACCUGGCCGGCAUGGUGCACCCGCAGCUGCAGGUGAGAGAACAGUUGGCAUGUCACCAGGACAGGGACUAUGAGCCUCUGCAGCCAGGUGCACCCAUCUUCCAGAAGUUCAGUGGUGAGGAUGUGCUGUACGAGGGGGACUCCACUGUGUACCCAGUGUUCAUCAACGAGGCGGCCUACUAUGAGAAGCACGUUGCCUUCCUCCGGACCGAGAAGCUCAUGAUUUCUGUGCCCCCACUGCCACCGCUGUCACCCACCCCCACACAGGUUCUCUAACCCAAGCCACACUGCGGGCCUCACCAUCCAUCCGAGCAAGAAAUGUCCAGGGCCCCGCCAUCUGUCUGAGCAAUAAAUGUCCAGGGCCCA